CAUUUGAUUUCCGUGAAGUGCAGUCUGUAAGAAGGUCAAGAGCGUUUGCUGACAGUGCCACACUAAACUUCUACUUAACUCCUAAGAAUAGCGUCUCUUUGUCACAAGCACGUUCCUGGACCGUAAUUCUUUGGUUGGAUAUUAUGAUGUCAUGAUGAGAUGCACUAUGCUACCAUUACACUUCUCAUUCAGGUCAGGAUUGUCCUGUGGGAUUCUAAUCUCCCUGCUCCACCCAGUGAUAGAUGGACUGUCCUCCGUUCCCGUCUGUGUCUGCUGACAGAUAACCCCCUCGAGGGGCUAAAACUUUCCAAAGGAAAUGUAGGGUUUCCGGUUCUUUCUUUGUGCUGGUCAGAUUCAAGGUUUAGUCAGAUUGUGAGUUCUGUGGUGAUACAAACUCUUGAUGCUCUCUGGUCUCUUCUGGCUGUAUGUUGAGAGAGAGUAAAGCUGUGCAGAGCAUCAGAAGAUGCGUCAGCAGAAGAAAUAUGGCUGCUACGCCGGUCUCCUGGCCCAUUCCCAUGAGGGCUAUCGGAGCUCAGAACCUGCUCACCAUGCCGGGAGGGGUCUCCACAUCUGGAUAUCUGCACAAGAAAGGGGGCAGCCAGUUCAGUCUGAUGAAAUGGCCUCUUCGCUUCAUCAUAAUCCACAAAGGCUGCGUCUACUAUUUCAAGAGCAGUACUUCUGCAGCACCUCAAGGAGCAUUUUCACUCAAUGGCUACAACAGAGUCUUACGUGCAGCAGAGGAAACAACAUCCAGCAACGUUUUUCCUUUUAAGAUCGUCCACUUCAGUAAGAGACACCGUACGUGGUAUUUCUCAGCAGCGAGUGAGGAUGAGAGAAAGAAAUGGAUGCGGAUCUUAAGAAAAGAAAUCAACUAUUAUAAUGAUAAAAGGGAUCUGCCUCUUCCGAGUGAUGAUUUAGAUUCGGAGAGUUUAUAUGGCCAGUUAGAGGAGCCGCUGGAGAUCAGUCCUUCUGAAGAAGAUCCUGAAGCAGAUUAUAUGAUGCAUGAUGAAGACAGCGAUGGAGAUGAUGGAUCGCCAGUGUCAGCAGGUCAACCCACGGUUCCUCCUCCAACGUAUCCUCCACCCCCUGUUCCUGUUCAGCCGAGAGAAAACCGUCUCACAAAAGGACCGCUGCCUCCGCUCCCCCCUCCAUUCAAAAAGCCGCCCUGUACAGCCAAAGGCCCUCCUCCGCCGCUGCCGUACGCCCCGCACCUAGAGAAACCCGACGUACACCUGUCAAACAGACCCCCCGCUGGCCCCAUGCCUCCUUUACCCCCUCCAAACAGCAUAAAGCCCAUGUCAGGCCCCUUUUCCACAAUGCCUGCUUAUGAAAGGAAGCCGAAUGCCUCUCUGAUUGGGAAUACGGCGUCUACUUUACCCAUCGUUGAGAACCUGCAGAGAGUGAUUCUGAACUCGUCGAAACCGCACCUGGGGGAGAAGCCCACCCCUGGCCCACGGCCCGUCUCGCCUCACCCGUCCGGCUCUGUCAGCAACAGGCCGCUCGGACAGAUACCCAAGCCUCCGAUACCAACCAAACCCAAACCCAGCAGACCCUCGCUCCAAAGAGCAUCACCGGAUGGACAGAGUUUUCGUUCUUCUGUUGAAGAAAACCCUUUAAAAAAACGAGUGCCCGGCAAAACUGAAGAAGACUCAGAUGAUGAGGACUAUGAAAAUGUGAAUUUGCCUCCCUCUGUUUUCGUGGACACAAUGGAAACCUUUAACGUCGAAAGAUUAUUUAAGGACACAUACACCUGCCCACCGAACGGUCUGUACUGCAUCCGCAAAUCAGGAACGGGAAAAACAUCACAGGUGCUGGUUGUCUGGGACAUGGAUUUAAAUAAAGCCAGAAAUUAUCGAAUCUUUGAGGAGGACCAGCGGGUGUAUCUGGAGGCAGAUCUGACUUUCCCGUCUUUAUCUGUCCUGGUUGAACACUAUCACAUCAACCCACUGCCCAGCAGUAACAACUCAAUGCCCAACUAUUCUCUCUGUUUACAUACACCCUUCGGCUACGUCCCACCCAGGUGACAUCGGGCCCCUGUCCCACGCUGAAACACCCCAACAGCUGGUGCUGGUCCUGGGCCACCUGCUGGUGAACACCUCCAUCACACCUGAGCACUGGCAAUAUCAAUGAAUAAAUCAGUGCUAAUGAACUGUUAAUUUAAGUCCAGUGUUCAGAAGGGAGUCUUAAUAUCACAAUGACAAAUAUCCAGUGAACUGAACAGUAUUGAACAGCAAGUCUAAAGUACACAUGCUACACUGCAUAUGUUAAUAUAUUGCAGCUUGACUGAUUGACAUGUCAUGUGAUUAAUCGCUGUUUGUUUUGUUUAUUGGUGUGUUUAUCUGAGAUAUCUAGUUCAACUGCUAUUAAGUGUUUUGAUUUGAUGCCACUAACAUUGAAACUAU